AUGUCAUCUUCAUCAAAUACGCCGUCCCCGACUUCUUCGAAACCUCGAUUGCUUGUAAAAAUCAAGCUGGCUUCAGAAUCACUUAAGCAAUUCGUCGAGUCGCCUCCUGCUUCCGUUCUGAACACACCAUCGAAACCGGCUUCGAUAGCCGAUGAAGAGAAAACUCCUCUCGGCGCGACAUCUCCUGCCACGGCUGCUUCACCGGCUCCAACCCCAUCCGUGGCCUCGCCUGCACCUACUGGUCCUGGUUCCCCACCAACCCUUGAAGGAAAGGCCGUUAACGGUGUUGUUGAGGCAGUAAAACGCGGCGGGAAGCGUGCCAGCGGAGGUGGAGGCAAGCCUGGCCCCAAAAAGAGAAAGCUCGACGAUGGAUCGUCCCUCCCGCCAUCGCGCCUCGGCCCCAAGUCGUCGGGCGGGGCUAUCAACGCUGGGCUCCGCGCCCUCGAUCGCUCUGGUGCGCCCUGCAGGAAAUGGGCGAAGUCACCGGUGAUCCUCAAGAGCUUCACAGGUUUCAAGUUCACCGUGAAGGCAUACGGGACCAAUGUCACACCCCCGCCUCCGGUCGUAGAGGAACCCAAGGAAACCGUCAACGUCAACAUGUCUGACGCCGCUUCUCUCGUGUCCGGCCAAAGCGAAGCCGGUACACCAAAGGAGGACGUCACCGAUACCAACGGCGUGACCCCGAUGGAGGACGUUCGGAGCACUAAUGGUGACUCCAACACUCCAUUGGGGGCCGCCGCCGGUAUCAAUGGUGUUAGCGGAGUCGGCGAGCCAACCAAGCCCAAUGGGGUCCACGUGUCGACACCCGGAGGGACUCUCGUCCCUCCCGUCUGA